CGUCAGACCACUGAUACUGCGACGGACACGAUGGUAGAUAAAUGCCAAGAAAUCAACUUUGUUUUUCUACAUUUUUGGUGUGCUUGUUUUUUUAGGACGAUAUGACCUGGAUGCUGCUAUUUUCACAUUGUGGAUUCUCUGUUGCGCCAAUUCUGGUUUCGAGGAAUCCUUUAGCAAAAGGAUAUUCAAUGUUCAAUGGAAUAUCGGACUGCGCAAAUCAGACGGCGUCCAGCGCCAAGCCAAAAAUAUUGCAUUUUCUAUGGGACUUGCGCAGCUCAGAGGGAGGAAAGCUCGUAUAUCUGAAGAUGAACCAAGGGCGUUUUGGAGAACUUGAUAUCCUCUGGCCCUUGCAAAAUUUCUGGAGACUCCCCGACCAAUUCGAUCCAAGCCACAACUGGUAACCAGUCCGCGACCUAGCGUAUACCCGCUUCACGGCCGACCUUAUGUCGGAUGUGCAUUUGUGGACAAAGUUCCGUUUUCCCG